CUAUGUUUGUCUGAUGUCAGAAGAAAGUUCUCAUUCUUAUUUUUGUUUUGUUUUUUCCUUUUCAUCAUAGUUUUGAAGACCUUGCCACCACUUUCCCCCUGAACAUUAUGAGGAGGUACACACUUUGGGGAAAGGAUGACGUCUAAGUGAACUUAAGAAGCAGAGUCACGGAGUUUGUGUGUGUGUGCGUGUGGUCAUAUUAGCUCCUAACUGAAGUUGAAGUAAGAACAUUAUUGGCUAUUAUUUGUAAACAAAAAUGGAGCGUACCGGCUUGGCAAUGGCGGUGCUUUUGGCAGUGGCGCUGGCUAACGUCGGCGAUGGUCACACGGACGCCUCGACAGGUGCGAGGAAAACCGUCCCGGCCGCCGGUCAGACGCUUUGGGACCACUCGGAAGGUGGCGAAAGAAGCCCUCCGGAGACCACCCUCGCCCGGGGUGAUGGCGAGCUGCAGUCGAACGCAGCCCCGAGGACCGCCAGACACCCACGCAGCGUGACCCCCUCGCAGCCCAGAACCAGAGUCAACCGCCGGCAGAACAGCAAGUCCAGCGCUGCGAGCGCCAGACGACUUGUCGGGCCGAAUGUGUGCGGCGGUCAGCAGUGCUGCUCCGGCUGGGCUGUGGCACCAGGAACCAACAGAUGCAUCAAACCCGAUUGCCAGCCUCCCUGCCAGAACCGCGGCUCCUGCAGCCGUCCCCAUACCUGCGUGUGCCGCUCGGGUUUCCAGGGCGCCCGCUGUGAAGAGGUGGCCCCGGAGCAGGUGUACAUCCGUGACAGAGGCUCUCUGAGGCGUGUUCAGCCGGGCAGCAACCCUUUCCAGAGAGACCAACCCCGGAGACGGCCCUUAGAAGGCACCAAGGUCCAGACCCCGCGACCUGCGACGACCAGGCAACCAAUCCACACUGCGACCCAAGUGAAACCGGGACCCCCUGAAUCCUCCCCUCAGCUGACCGGGACCUCCCGUACCGUCAAGCGUUAUCCGUCAUCUUCUGGGCCCAUCACCUCCAACGCGCUGCCCAACGGCAACGCCCACGGAAACGACCACAGGAGCUCCCAUGGACAAAGAAACGGCCACGACAACUUGCACUACUUCAACACUCACAGGGGAGCCAGUAACAACCAGCUACAUGGAAAAUUCAAUAAUGCGUUAUCACCAGCAGGGGCCAACCUCACCUCCAGCCUGGACCGCAUAAAGAUUGUCUUCACGCCCACGAUGUGCCGCCGGGUGUGCAGCAAUGGGCGCUGCUACAAUAGCUGCGAGAAAGGAGACGUGACCACUGUCUACAGUGAGACUUCGCACCAGCAGCAACAUCAUCAUCACCACCACCAGCAGCAGCAGCAGCACCAGCCAAAGGCGCCGGGCUUCCGACUCUUCUUUUGUCAGAUCCCCUGCCUAAAUGGAGGCCGUUGCAUCGGCAGGGACCAAUGUUGGUGUCCAACCAACUCCAGCGGGAAGUUUUGCCACUUGCCUGCUCACCCUCAAGCGAAGCCCACCACUCACAAGGACUCCAGAAACUCUGGAUCGAAAUCUCCUUCCCACUCCACGUACACUCUUCCGCUUUCCAAUCAGCAAGUCUCGCUUCACCCAUCCUUGGUCAAGGUCCAUAUCCAGCAUCCGCCGGAGGCCGAGGUCCGCAUCCAUCAAGUGGCUCGGGUCCAACCCGGUCAAAGGUCACCCGCCACCGAGGGGGCUCACUCCGUCCAGCAGCGCUCUCAGCCUGGGAAUGGCCAAGAGCCCGCCAUUGAGCAUGGCGGCAGACACACCGGCGUGAACGGCCACGCCAGACCGCACCACCGUCAGAACGGUCACGUGGGAAGAUGCUUCCAGGACACAGUUGACGGACAGUGUGGAAAGCCUCUGCCAGGCCUAACCAAACAGGAUGAUUGCUGUGGAAGCGUGGGAGCCUCUUGGGGUCUCAACAAGUGUCACAAGUGUCCAACCAAACCAGCAUAUGCAGUGAUUGCAAAUGGACAAGUGGAAUGUCCUGUCGGAUAUAAAAGAAUGAACGUGACGCACUGUCAAGAUAUCAAUGAGUGCCUCCUGCCCGAAAUCUGCAAGAAUGCAGAGUGUCUCAACACCAAAGGAAGCUACAGGUGCACAUGUAAACCUGGUUUCAUGUUGGACCCUGCCAGAAGCCACUGCGUCUCUGACAAGGCAGUUUCAGACCAGAAGGCGUUUUGCUACAGAUCGGUGUCAGCGGGCACAUGCUCGCUGCCGCUUUCCCAGCACAUCACCAAGCAGAUCUGCUGCUGCAGCCGCGUGGGCAAAGCGUGGGGAGAUGGCUGUGAUCGCUGCCCUUUGCCCGGAUCUGAUCACUUCAAGGAGAUCUGCCCGGCUGGUCACGGAUACACCUACUCCCGCUCUGAUGUGCAGAUUUCUCUGCGACAGCUCGGGGAGGAUGAUCUUCAAAGUACUGGAUUGUCUUGGGAGGAGCAGAACCCCACACAUCCUCAGCUGCCAUCUUCCCAUCCUCAAUAUCCCACCCACCCACAGACUCCUCAAAUACCCCAAUGGCCAGAGUACCCAGAGUCACCAGAAUCACCUCGGCAACCUGUGACUCCACAGCAGCCCCCCCAGACCUUUUUCCCAGACAGAGAAUCAGCACGACAGCCUGAAGAUGUGGAAAUUCUGAGCCCGCCAGCUGUUGUGACAGACUCACCAUUGAAAUAUCCAGAAGUUGAUACAGACUCACCAGCCAAGCCUGAUCCAAACGAAGCACCCCUCACCGACUCAGGUGUUGACAUGUGCGCAAGCAUCCCUUCCAUUUGCGGCCGUGGGAAAUGUAUUCCUGUGCAGACUGGCUACACCUGCCAGUGUGAACCAGGUUUCAAACUCAGUGCUCUGCAGACCAACUGCAUUGAUGUGAAUGAGUGUGAGGAUGAGCCAUGUGGUGGAAAGGGCAGUUGCACCAACAGCUAUGGCUCGUAUAGUUGUCAGUGCUUCAGCGGCUACAGCCAGGUGAUCACCCAGAACAGGAAGUUCUGUCAAGACAUAAAUGAGUGCAACAUCCCCAACAAGUGCCAGAAUGGCCUCUGCACCAACACGGAAGGAUCUUUCACCUGUGAAUGUGACAGUGGCUUUGCCAAGUCCUGGAGAGGCCAAUGCGAAGAUGUAGAUGAGUGUCAAGAUCCCAACACUUGUCCUAGCGGUGGUUGCACCAAUACUGUGGGUUCCUAUCAGUGCCAGGUUUGCAGCCCUGGCUUCAAGCCUAUCAGCGAUAGAUGUGUAGAUGUGAAUGAGUGCUUGAACCAAAACAUAUGCGGACGUGGAAGGUGUGUCAACAGCGAGGGCUCCUAUAGGUGCAACUGCUUCCAGGGUUACAAACUUUCACUGGACAACGUAUGCCAAGAUGUGAAUGAGUGUCUGCUUCCGGGGGUCUGCCUUAAUGGACGCUGUGUCAAUCUUGAGGGUACCUACAGUUGCACCUGUGACCAUGGUUACCAAGUCAGCUUAGAUAGCAAAGCCUGUCAAGAUCUUAAUGAGUGCAUAUCUGGUAAAAAGUGUCCUGAAGGAAUCUGCAUCAACACACCGGGUUCAUUUACAUGCCAGAGCUGUAAUUCUGGCUUUGAACCUUCUGAUGAUGGCUUGAGAUGUGAAGAUGUGGACGAGUGUUCUCAGGGUGACUGGUGUCUCGGUGGCGUAUGUGCCAACACGGCGGGAUCGUACACCUGCACCAAGUGUAAGGCUGGCUACAGAGUGUCUCCAGAUCGCCGAAGAUGUGAAGAUAUUGACGAGUGCCAGUCGCUGUCUACCUGUGCCAACGGCAUCUGUCUAAACUCAGAGGGCUCUUACACCUGUGAGAACUGCCCCACAGGCUACACGGUGUCAUAUGAUGGAGAGCUGUGUGAAGACAUUGACGAGUGCGCACUGCCCAAUACAUGCCCCCGGGGAACAUGUACAAACACAGAGGGUUCCUUCACAUGUGUCAGCUGUCAGCCUGGUUACAAAAUCUCCGAGGAUGGACAGCAGUGUGAUGAUGUGGAUGAAUGCUUGGUAGUUAACGUGUGCCCAGGCCAGCUGUGCACCAACACCCAGGGAUCUUAUACCUGCAGAGACUGUGAAUCCGGCCUGCAGCUGUCUGAGGACGGUUACGGCUGCGAGGAUAUCAACGAAUGCCAGACCCCAGGUUUGUGUCCCACGGGCAUCUGCACCAACACAGUGGGCUCCUUCUCAUGCAUGGCCUGUGACCCUGGCUUCACCGUGGCAACCAAUGGCCUUUCAUGUGACGAUGUGAAUGAGUGUGAGGACGCGGGCCUGUGCGUGGGAGGUCAGUGCACCAACACCGUGGGAUCCUACAGUUGCGCGUGUCCUGCUGGCCUGGAGCUGAUCGAUGGGACCUCCUGCAGAGAUGUUGACGAGUGUUUGACCAUCGCAGGAAUCUGCGGAGAAGGACAGUGUCUAAAUACUGAAGGCUCCUACAUGUGUGUCUGUCCUGAUGGAUAUGACACUCUUGAUGGGCGGACCGGCUGUCAAGAUGUGGACGAGUGUAGGAAAGACAACGUAUGCACACGGGGCCAAUGUCUCAAUACGGAAGGCAGUUUCAUCUGCUUAUGUGACGCUGGAUUCAAGUACAGCGAGGACACUGCUGAGUGUGAAGACCAGAACGAGUGUAAGGAGUUUGGAAGCUCGGUGUGUGGUACCUGGCGCUGUGAGAACACUAUUGGCUCGUACCGCUGCUUUAUGGGUUGCCAGCCUGGCCUUGAGGGAGAAGACGCCACAGACUGCGAUGUUGACGAGUGCCUCAACCAGACCAUCUGCGGGGCCCAUGGCUUUUGCGAGAACACCGACGGAUCCUACCGCUGCGAGUGCGAUCUGGGCUAUUCAAACCCACCAGGAGACACCAGCAAAUGCGUUGAUGUGAAUGAAUGCGAGAUGAGCCUGGCGCUGUGCGGGGAGGCCCUGUGUGAGAACUUCGACGGCAGCUUCCUGUGCAUCUGCACCAACGACAAUGAGGAAUUUGAUCCCAUCACCAGCCGCUGCCGCUCCCUGGCUGACACCGACUCCAAACCCCUCCCUCCUGCAUCCCCGUCAGCCGAGGAGAGGAAGGAGUGCUACUACAACUUAAACGACGCCAACUUCUGCGACAAUGUCUUGUCCCGUAACACCACCAAGCAGGAGUGCUGCUGCACCGUGGGCACCGGCUGGGGGGACAACUGCGAGAUCCACGCCUGCCCCGCUCCAGGAGGAGAUGAUUAUCACCAGCUGUGCCCUCACGGCAGCGGCUCCAUCCCCCUGCCUGCUUCCUCUCCUCAAAGUUUGGCCGAACAGCGACUCUACAUAGACGCAAAUGAGUGUGAAAUGUUUGGACCGGACAUUUGUAAGAACGGACAAUGCGUCAAUCUAUUCUCAACCUAUACUUGCUACUGUCGCUCCGGAUUCUACUAUGACAACGUCAAGCUGGAGUGUGUUGAUUAUGAUGAAUGUGAAUUUGGGAACACCUGCAUGGAUGGAGCGUGUGUGAACACGCCGGGCUCGUUCAACUGCUUCUGCAGUCCACCGUUAGUGCUGGACAGCACGCGGCAGCGCUGCAUAAGCAUCAACGCUACAGAAGAAAUUGUGGAGUCCAAUCUUGAUGUGCACAUGGACAUCUGCUGGCAGCGUCUGGAGGGAGACAACAUGUGUUCCGAACCUCUGCAGGGCCGCAGAACCACCUACACUGAGUGUUGCUGCCUCUAUGGGAUUGCCUGGAGUGGGCAGUGUGCCUUCUGUCCCAGGAAAGACUCAGAGGACUACGCGGUCAUGUGCAACCUCCCUCUGAGAGGAGGAUCGGACAGCUUACGAGAGCGUCCGGGGUACGAGUAUGGCGUCGACGGGCCCGACGAUCCCACGGAGCCUUUUCUUCCUCCGUACUGGGACAAUUACGGCGGCCCAGCGGGACCGUACGACGUUCCCGAGAGCGUCCCUCUGUUCAACGACAACGACUACAGCGUCCGGCAGCCGUCUGAGCGAGUCCCCGCCCAUCGGCCCCAUGAGCACCAGCCUCGGCUGGUGGAUUCCUUCUCUGAGCGCUACGAUGGAUUUGAAGGUCUCCAAGCAGAGGAAUGCGGCAUCUUGAACGGCUGCGAAAACGGACGCUGCGUCCGCGUGAGGGAAGGCUACACCUGCGACUGCUUCGACGGUUACGAGCUGAACCUAAACAAGAUGGCCUGCAUAGACAUAAACGAAUGUGAGGACAUCAGCGACAAAGUGCCGUUGUGCCAAAACGGCCACUGCAACAACACAGAAGGCUCCUACAAGUGCACCUGUUUGCCGGGCUUCGUGGCCUCCGCCAAGCCACACAAAUGCAUCCCAGCCCUCCCCAAGCCAGAAACGGGGAACUGAGAGCAUUUCUCCUGCUUCCUUUAAGGAUGAACUUUCACCCCUCCACUGGCAUUCUCUUCCUCCGUGCCUGGCACAGUAACGCUGAAACGUCCAGACUCCGACUCCUCGCAGCAGACACACUUGCGUUUGACACACAACUCAUUGAACCUUAGGCAAAUAAGAGGAGUCAAGACAUGACAAGGAGGUUUUGAACUUUUUCAUUCGGUAACCUCCCCCCCAACAAUUAUUUGAUGUAUUUGACAUACUUUGUUUUCCCUUUCUCCUGUUUUUUUUUUUUUUUGUUUUGUAUUAUUUAUUUCAGGCCACGGCUAAUAGCAAGCAAUUAACGUGAGAAGGCUCAGAAAAAGAGGAUUAUCGUCAUUUUGCAUGCUCCCCGGGCUUAUGUGCUCGCUUGGUAGGUUCAUUUACUGAGCAUAGGCAUAUAUUUUUUCCAAGAGCAAAAUCUCACAGCACACGGCACCAAACAAAAAAUAUCACAAAAUUUACCGUGGAUAUGAAAAGUCUACACUUAGACAGCUGGUGUAAGUUUGAAUGCGAUUGGUUAAUGCUGAACACAGACACGUUCCCAGUUUUUAAUAAGAGGGUGUGCACACUUGUGAAAACUACAUUUUCUCACUUAUUUCUAAUUCCCAUUUCAAAAAGUUGUGUUUUUGUUUUGUCGUACAGCUAAGGUCACAGUGGUGGUGAAAAAAAGAUUUUAAAUGAUUUAUUUUUCCCUCAGAAUAUCGCAAAACCCCAACACUUAAAAAAGGGUGUGUAGACUUUUUAUAGCCACUGUAUCUAUUCUGAAAUAAUGACAUUUUGGUCUCAGCUUACUCACAAAUUUACUACUACUACAUUAGUGUCAGGGCAAGUUUGUGAUUCGCUACCCGCAUAUUCACAUGUCCUCUACUAUUUGCCUAAAAACUAAACUAGUCACUGUUUUUGUGCGCAGGCCAAAGCCAUGUCUAAUGUAAAAGUGUUGAUUCAGUACCAUUUUGUGGCAUCUUGGUACCAAGGAACUGUGUCAAAAUAAGUUAAGGAACUUCAAAUACAGGGAGUCCUCGGGUUAAGACGGUCUCGACCUAAGACGUUUAGAACUUUACAACGCCCGUCCCCCAUCUGCCAUUUUACCUGGCUAAUGCUUGUCUGUGUUUGCGCGACUGGAGUCUCUUCACAUUUUUCUCCCUCCUUUUUGGACAUUAUUGUCCCAAAGAAGAAAGCUGUAUCUUUUAGCAAUGGUUCUGCUGCCAAAAGAAAAUCCAUGACCAUGGAAACGAAGCUCAAGAUCAUAAAAAGAUCGGAGAAAGGAGAGACGCCAACACCACCAAGACUUCAGUCGGUCGACCGUGCUUACAAUUAUUAAAGACAAAGCCCGUACUUUAGCGCAUGUAAAGGGUUCCGAUCCUCAGUCGGAUACAAUGAUCACAAAACAAGGUUCUUUGAUACUUGUCGAGAUGGAGUGGAUUGAGGACCAGGUUCCUUCGCGGUAGCUAAGCCCUCCCCUUGUUUUUCUCCAUCCACCUCUCAGCAGUAAUGCUAAGUACACCAUGUUUUUUAUUUCAAUGUAUUUGUUUUUUAUACAAAGUAUUUUGAUGUAAAUUCUGACUUUAAUGGUGGGAUCCGACUUAAGUCAAAAUUCACGUUAUGUCGCUACUGUAGGAACGGAUCUCAGUCGUAGACCGAGGACUCCCUGUAGUGUUUUGCCACCAUUGUGUGGCAUUCAUCCAACAGUAAAACUUUUUUUUUUUAGGGGUGGGUCACUUACUCACAGAUUUUUGCUAUUCGCGCCAAGUUACAGUCCAAUUUCAUUAUGUUGUGUGAAUGGAAACAGGUGGAGACAAACAUUAAUUGUUCCUUCCGGCAUCUAACAGAAAACCAUUUACUGGUGCGUAUUCUGCCAGUUACUAUAUACCAAUGCCAUAACAUAGAUUGAUGAAAAAAGAUACAUUAUUUGUAGUAAGUUUUUGGAACAAUUCAGUGAAAUUUGAUCAUCUCCUGGGGCUACACUGGUUAGGGAUCCCAUAGUUGUCCAUGUGUGUCCUGCAAUACGCAGGCGACCAGUCCAGAGUCCAGCCCGUCUGUUGCCCAAACUGCUCACCCAAGACCUUUAUUAUUUUAGGAUGAGCGCGAUAGAAAACGGAUCGAUGGCACUUAACUGAUGGCGGUGUUAAUAAACAGCCAAGUGAUUUUCUUUUUCGUCAUUACGCUUCUCCAACGUGUCAAAUGCAUGGACCAAGACUUGGGAAGACAAUACAACCAAACAUUUCAAAAAAUAAAGGUGACAGCCGCUAAUUUGAAUGACUCGAAAUGUAUAUGAGGAUCUGAUUAUAUGAUGUUUUUUGUAAAGGUGCAAUAAUACUUGCCUUCAUUUUUUUUUUUUACAAUUUCCUUAAAGAAAAUCAAACUAACAGUAUUAACUUAUUUUAUUAUGUCGACAAAGUAGCAAGGUUUAUCGUAGUGUGAUGCUACAUUUUAGCCUUGUGUCUAAAAUAACACCCAAUCAAACAAAUAUCACUGUUUCGUAAGAAAAAGUUGCUUUCAUAUACAUAAUUCAAACAAAUGAUUAAUUCCCAUGAAGACAAAGUCUCUGCUUGAGAGGUUUGGUUAUUUUGUACAGCUCUAGUACUAUGUGUGUUUUUUUUUUUUUAAUAUCCUCUUAAUGCUUCCAACGUAAACCACAAAAUCUUGGGGGGAAAAAAACUCAUACUAUAUCUUUGUAGAUUUAUACAUAUAAAAAACACACACACACACACACACAACUAUUGUUAGAAGCAAAUCUUUUUAUGUGUGAUGGGAGCGGCUGACACUGUACCAGAGGAACUGUGUGUAUAACCUGCCCUGUGGAGCAGAAUAUGAACUUUAUAUAUAUAUAUAUAUAUAUAUUUUUUUUUUUUU